AUGGAGAGCACUCGAAUAGAAGAAGUGGUCGAGAGACCGGGAGUGGCUCGGACUAAUGGCUAUCGGGCAGAAGUUCCCUACACAGGAGUACUCAAAACUCCAUCUGCUCUUCGGACGUCGUCUCAGAGCCAAGUGUUUACCGUACCGUCUCCACCUAUUGCAAGGACAGAUUCGUGGCGGCAAAUACAGAAGCGAUCAAGACGCUUUUAUGCGGAAGGACAGCUACAGAAAGAUGCAGCAGUCCGACGAGCUGAUGGGAUCCGGAGAAAAACUCCAAGUCUUACGCUGUGA